AUGGCGAACAAUCUUCUUCAAAGUACAGCGCACACAAGCACAAUUCCUUUUUCUCGACCCCCAACUCCUGGAGCACACCCUCUUCAAAUCGGCUUCUGUGGUCUUGGGGCCAUGGGCUAUUUCAUGGCCCGCAAUCUAGCUAACUCCUUUAAAUCUCAACUACCGCCCCUCCUUGUGUACAACAGGACUGUGGCAAAGUCUCAGAAGCUUCUCACAGAACUUGGCGCAUCCGCCGUCAAAGUCGCCGACACUCUCGACCAGUUGGUUAGAGAGUGCGAUGUUGUCUUCACCAAUCUCGGGAACGAUGCUGUGGUAACGAGCAUCUACAACGAAUUCGCAAAGGCUCUUGCUCAAUCGCCUCCAACCAAGGUCAAAAUCUUCGUUGAAAUGAGCACAUGCGUGAAACGUUUCUCCGCCACUAACGGAACUAUGAACAAGUCUGCUAUAGGCGAUCUUAACAGACUGCUGUCGAGCCAUCCGCAUGUCCGCUUUAUUACUUCACCUAUCUUUGGACCUCCCCCAGCGGCGGAUAAGGGCAUGCUUAUUAUUGCCAUGAGUGGAGAUUGCCGGUCCAAGAAGGAAGUCGCCUUUCUCCUGGUUCCGGCAGUAGGCCGCAAGGUGAUCGACCUUGGAGAGAAUGUAGAAAAAGCUCCGACAUUGAAGUUGAUUGGUAAUGGUAUGAUCAUGAGUAUCAAUGAGCUCCUCGCCGAAACCCUGACGCUCGGAGAAAAGUCCGGCAUCGGACAGCAGACUGUAUAUGAUCUGGUUAAAGAAAUCAUGCCGGCACCUAUUUUAGUGGCCUAUGGUCACAAGAUGGUCAACGACCUGUUUGAUGGCUCCGUAGGUUUUUCCAUAGAUGGUGGAGUAAAAGACGCCAGUCACGUCCGCCGCCUGUCCGCGGAGCUGAACUGCCCGAUGCCUGCAGUUGAUAACACGCAUCGUGGCCUGAUCACUGCCCGGGCGAUACACCAGGCACAAGUGGCUGCAGGGACACAACAGUGGGACAUCUUGGACUGGAGCGCAUUGAUUGCAAGCAGCCGAGUUGCUGCUGGAUUGAAUCCAUUCGACAGCAAGAAGGGAACAGGAGUCGUACGAGAAGACUGA